AUGAAUCGCAUUUGCGUCCAUCCCUUCCGCAGGGUAUCAGCUUCUCCAAUCCCUCAUCUCCGCGCGCACAUUCGCGCAAAGCUCGACUAUAGAACAACCAUCAUCCAAACCCGCCUAUUCACCUCCUACGACCCAAACACCAAGGGCAGCGCCUCAUUCCACCCCUCCAACAGACUCGCCGGCCGAACAUGUUUGAUCACAGGCGGGAGCUCCGGCAUUGGCUUCGCGAUCGCGGAGCGCUUUCUCAACGAAGGAGUUGAGCACAUCAUUCUCGUCGGACGAUCGCAUGAACGCCUCGCACGCGCAGCGGCGCAAUUGGAGCGUCCAACCGCCACUGCUCAGCCCAGCCAAAUUGAUACAGCGGAUAAUAUCGUUGCUACUAGGGCGCCAGAGGAAGACCAGAACCAAGCGCAGGACCGAAGCAAGCCCCCGCCGGGUACCUUGUUGGACUCAUCAAGCCGGAUUAGUCUGCUCGUGGGUGACAUCUCAGAGGCGGCAGAGUGGACGCGGGAGCUGGAGAGCGCAAUGCAGCCCGUCGACAUCCUCAUCAACGCAGCCGGCAUAUCAACCUCGACCGUCCUCCCCCGCACAGACCCAAGCGCCAUAUCACAAGUCCUGCGCACAAACCUCGAAGGCUCCCUCUUGACCUCGCGAGCCCUUAUCCGCGCCUCAAUCCGCAACCGAAUGAAGAACCGUGCCGGCGACGGUGCAACCCCCUCCAAAUGCAUCAUUAACAUCUCCUCCCUCCUAGCGCUGAAAGGCGGCACAGGCGCGGUCCCCUACGCUGCGUCAAAGGCUGGAGUCCUCGGAAUGACGAGGUCAUUGACGGUUGAGGCGGCCAAGACGCUGCGCAAUGAGGUUAUCCGCUUUAAUGCCAUUGUGCCGGGGUAUAUCGAGACGCCUAUGAUUGCUGAUUUCAGCCAGUCUGAAAAUGACAGGCUCAAAGAAGAUAUUCCGCUCCGACGCUUCGGUCAGCCUCAUGAAGUCGCCGACGCUGCGGUCUUUCUGGCUGAGAACGAGUAUGCGAAUAACUGCGUUAUUAACCUUGACGGUGGACUGAGUGCGAUUUGA